AUGUCUGGUGAUAAGCGGGAAGACAUAGAUCUGGAAUCAGAUGAGUUGAUGGCCGAAAUGUGUCCCCAAUGUGGGGAGUUUCUGCAAAAAUGUUUGAUUCAACAAAACUACGCAGUGAUCAUAUGUCCAAGCCUCCAAUGUGCCUUCCCAUUCAACCAGAAUAAAGCACUGGACAAUAUCGUGUACGUCGAUGAGAGUGAAGUGCUUGAAGUGGCCAGACAGCGGUUAACCAAAAGUUAG